UCCAUUGGUGUCACGGACUCACGGUGACAUGAUCCAGAGAAUCAAAGGUCAACGUUAAAAUCUCUUUGAUUGUGGGACCAAUUCUAUUGAAUUUUUGAUAUUUUCGCGCAAGUAUCGCCAACUGUGGGGCCACACUGCCCUUCUUCUAUGUGUUUGAGUUUGUGAGAAUGUUCUAGUUAAGGCGGGAGUCCCAUAUUAAAAUAUGCUAACAAAUACUACUGUACGUUUCCAAAACUCACCCUUACCUUAGCCGACCGUGUCUUUGUCUCUCUCGUCUCUUUUAUUUUUUGAAAUUUUUAAUAUUGCUCCGCAAGAAUUGGCACGCGUGGGACCGGACCCGACUUUCACCGUUGUCCUAUAAAUACUGCCUUGACCUUCUUUCCUUCUCCAAGUAUUGAAAGCUCUCUCUCUCUCUCUUACUCAUUUUGAUUUCUUUUGUUCUUAUCUGAAAUUUUUGUCGCCGCCGAAGCAAAAAAUGGAGAAUAUGGUGGGGCUCAGGUUUCUUCCGACGGACGAGGAGAUCGUAGACCAUUAUCUCCGUCUGAAAAAUAAUGGUGGUUCCAACACGAGCCAUGUCGAUCAAGUCAUUAGCACUCUCAAUAUUUGUAACUUCGAUCCUUGGGAUUUACCUCCGCAGUCGAGGAUCGAGUCGAGUAACCAGGUUUGGUAUUUCUUCGGACGCAAGGAAAGCAAAUACAAGAAAGGUGAGCGACAGAAGAGGAAAACCAAGUCCGGUUUUUGGAAGAAAACGGGCGUUACCUAUUCUAUCAAGCGAAAGAGAGGUAACCGCGAAAAGAUAGGUGAGAAAAGGGUUUUGGUGUUUUACAAGAGCGGUUCCAAAUCCAACUGGGUUAUGCACGAGUAUCAUCACACUUCUUGCCUCUCUCCUAAUGAGAGCGGGGCAUAUACAAUCUGCAAAGUACAGUUUAAGGGUGAAGCGAGUAAGAUCUCUUCUUCUUCCGGUGUCGACAAUGUUGAGCAUAGUCACUCUUUAGCCACUCCUAUGAACAAUCCUGGAGAAUCUGAGAAUUCAAGUCAGUUUAGUGGUUUUCUUGAUCAUCACCAAGAAAUGCAGUUUGAAGCUGAAACUCAGAUGAAUUUCGAAGAACUGUUAAGCUAUGAUUUGGAAAGCUUGCUUGCUUCUUGAUGAUGAUGGUGAUGAACAUAGUUAGACUGCUUGUAUGCAAAUGUCAAUGGCCAGUGUCUUCAUUGGUCAUAUAUAGUAGUGUGAGGAUUAGUGAUUAACAUGAUUUUACAAUGUCCCUUGAUCAAGAAGGAGGGAGCUGUUUUUAUAUUACAGGUUAGAUCGAGUUAUGAAAAUUCACCAACGUUCAGUAACAUGAUUUUGUAUUUUUCAUAUUUGUAUACUCCCACGGUAUGCCUAGCUUUUUGUUACAUGUAUUUCCUAAGAUAUAUGAAAAG